AUGGAUUUCCCCAAAACCCUAAUAAUCUUCUUCACCACAAUCCUCACUUGCUCGAUUCUCUUCGCCUCGACUCCCGCCCGAGCCGCCAUUUUCGACAUCACCAACCGAUGUCCUUACACCGUCUGGGCUGCCGCCUCACCCGGCGGCGGCCGCAGGCUCGACCGAGGACAGUCCUGGCAGAUCAACGUGGCCCCGGGCACCGUCCAGGCCCGAAUCUGGGGUCGGACGAACUGCAAUUUUGACGGGUCGGGCCGCGGCCGUUGCCAGACGGGCGACUGUAACGGGCUCCUCGAGUGUCGGGGCUACGGGCAGGCCCCGAACACCCUCGCCGAGUUCGCGCUCAACCAGCCCAACAACCUCGACUAUGUCGACAUCUCGCUCGUUGACGGGUUCAACAUCCCGAUGGAGUUCAGCCCGACGACGAACGUGUGCCGGAACCUGAGAUGCACGGGCCCGAUUAACGAGCAGUGCCCGAACGAGCUCCGGGCACCGGGCGGCUGCAACAACCCGUGCACCGUGUACCCGAAUAGGAACGAGUACUGCUGCAAUAACGGGCCCGGGACCUGCGGGCCCACCCCGCUCUCGAGGUUUUUUAAGGAGAGGUGCCCGAUUGCAUAUAGCUACCCGCAGGACGACCCGACUAGCCUUUUCACGUGCCCGGGCGGGACGAAUUAUCGGGUCGUGUUCUGCCCGUGA